AUGAAUGUGGAAGUGGUUGUUAAACCAAGCAAUUGUGCGUGUGGCCAUGGUGGCUGGUGUCAUAAUUUUGGAUUUGUCUUUUUGGUAGUGUUUGGGUGGUGGUGGCGAUUCUGCGCAAUUGUGAUGAUGGUGGUGGAUCUGGCAGUUAUGUAUGGUGGUGGUAGCAGUGAGGUAUUGGUUUUGGUUGUUGAGCAUUUUGAUUUUUAUGCUUUUAGAUUUAAUAUGAAAGAAGAUCGACCUUCUACCAAGAAAGGAAGAAACUUGUUGUCUUUCUUUUCAAAAAUUGGAAGAGGGUUAACCAAGGAAGUAAAUCUUAAGAAUCAGAUUUUUUAUGUUCUUGUUCGUUUCAAACUUCAAGUGCAAAAAAUGAGAAGCCAAAGUUAUGAUGGUGCUAAUAAUAUGCUUUGUUCUUGGAAUGGACUACAUGCUAUGCGUUGUUCUUGGAAUGGACUACAUGCAUUAUUUCUUAAAGAUUGUCCAUAUGCGUACUAUGCCCACUGUUUUGCUCAUCGUUUACAACUCACAUUGGUUUCUGCAGUUAAGGAUGUCUCAAUACGUAAUUUGCAACGAGCCGGAGAUACUCAUUGGUCUUCUCAUUAUAGCUCUGUAAAGAGUUUGAUUGAUGUGUAUGCUGUAACUUGCAAGGUGCUUGAGUAUCUUAGUGAAUAUUCUCCAAGUACAAGAUCUCGGUUCGACGUUGGUGGUGUAUACAAAACCAUAACAACAUUUGAAUUUGUAUUUAUCUUGCAUUUAAUGCAUAGAAUAUUAGCAAUUGCGGAUGUGCUUUAUCAGGCCCUUCAAAAGAAAACUCAAAACAUCUUAACUGCUAUGAGAUUUGUCUGUACUACAAAAACUAUCCUUCAAGCAUUGAGAGAAAAUGGCUGGAAAGAAUUUCUUGAAGAGGUGAAAUGUUUUUGCUUAAAAAAUGAUAUACAUGUACCUGACUUUGAUGGUUCGUAUAUGGUUGGUCGUUCUCACGGUCGUGAGUAUCCUACCAUUGAACAUCAUUACCACUGUGAUAUUUUCAAUGCAGCCAAUGACUUUCAGAUGAUGGAGUUAGAUACAAGAUUUAAUGAGACAUCAAUAGAACUCCUUUCUCUCAAUAUGGCUUUGGAUCCAAAAAAUUCUUCUGAAUCAUUUAAUAUGGAUAAUUUAUGCAAGCUUGCAGAGAAGUUUUAUCCUGAAGGUUUUAAACAACGAGAUAUUUAUUGUUUGAAAGUUGAGUUGCAACACUAUCAGAAUGAUGUGAUUUCUAAACUUUGA